AUGAACUACAGCCAACUCAGAAAGCCUGUUUUUGUCCUGGUGCCCGGCGCCUCCCAGAAUCCAGCCCAUUACGCUUACCUCCUCCACCUCCUCCAGUCUGCUGGAUAUGGGGCUACUACCGGUUUUCUCCCCAGUGUGGGCGCCCAGGGCGGGGUGACCGCCGCCGAUGAUGCUGAAUACAUCUGCAAGCAUCUAAUCCUCCCUAUUCUGAACAUCGGCAAUCAGGACGUGAUCCUGAUCAGCCAUUCCUACAGUGGAAUGCCGGCCAGCGCGGCUGCGCGUGGGCUCGGCCCUGCAGAUCGCGCCGCUGAGGGCAAAAUAACCUCCGUUGUCGGCCAAAUAUUCAUCGCGACCAUCUUACCACGGGGGGAACUGAGUGUGAUUGAUUCAUUUGGCGGUCAUCUGCCCCCUCAUAUGUACAUUGAUCAAGAGCACAAUCUUCUCAAGUGCGAUGAUCCCAAGCCUCCCCUCUUCUACGAUGUAGAACCAACCCUUGCGGAUGCGGCGGCCCAAACGUCGCUCAGUCAGGGAUUGAUCUCAUUCUCGAGCCCCUGCCCCGAAGCGAGCUGGGACACCGAGGCCUUCCGCGACCGGGUCGCAUAUGUCCAUACCCUAAAGGACCACACCAUUCCGUACGAAGCACAGGUCGCUAUGGUCCAGGCUACCGAGGUGAAAUGGAUCACCUGCGAGAUCGCGGCGGGUCACAGUGUGCAGUUAUCCGCACCAGAGGAGCUGAGCAAGAUCAUUCUGGAAUUAGCCCAACAAUUUCCUUGA